AGAGAGAGAGAGAGAGAACUGUAUUCGAACCGGUCAGGUUAGGUUGUGCUGAGGUGGCCGUCAUGGCGUAGCAGAGCCGGGGGUCGCGGCACGGUCAACCACGCCCCGCGGUGGGGCAGCGCUUUCCCCCUUCAGGUUGAGGUAAAUGUACUAGUAUACAUUCAUAACAAUGGAGUCUAUGCUAAACAAAUUGAAGAGCACGGUUACAAAAGUGACUGCAGAUGUCACUAGUGCAGUCAUGGGAAAUCCAGUUACCAGGGAAUUUGAUGUUGGGCGACAUAUUGCUAGCGGUGGCAAUGGGCUUGCUUGGAAGAUUUUUAAUGGCACUAAAAAAUCAACAAAACAGGAAGUGGCAGUUUUUGUUUUUGAUAAAAAGCUGAUUGACAAAUAUCAGAAAUUUGAGAAGGAUCAAAUCAUUGAUUCCUUAAAACGUGGAGUUCAGCAGCUAACAAGGCUGCGACAUCCUCGGCUGCUGACUGUGCAGCAUCCAUUGGAAGAAUCCAGGGACUGUUUGGCAUUUUGUACGGAACCAGUUUGCGCAAGUUUGGCUAACAUACUUGGCAGCUGGGACAAUCUUCCCUCACCUUUACCACCUGACAUCAAAGAAUACAAACUUUUUGAUGUAGAAAUGAAAUAUGGCUUGCUUCAGGUUUCGGAAGGCUUGUCAUUUCUACAUAGCAGUGUGAAAAUGGUCCAUGGCAACCUUACUCCUGAAAAUAUAAUUCUGAAUAAAAGUGGAGCAUGGAAAAUUACUGGAUUUGACUUCAGCAUCUCAUCUUUAAAUCCAUCUGAGCAAGAGCCAAAGUUCUCUUGUAAAGAAUGGGACCCAAACUUACCAUCUUUGUGUCUUCCAAAUCCUGAGUAUUUGGCUCCUGAAUACAUCCUCUCAGUGAGCUGUGAGACUGCCAGUGACAUGUAUUCCCUGGGAGCAAUUAUGUAUGCUGUGUUUAAUAAUGGAAAACCUAUUUUUGAGGUCAACAAACAGGAUAUUUAUAAAAGUUUCAGCAGACAGCUGGAUCAGCUUAGUCGUUUGGGUGCCAAUAACCUUCAAGACAUUCCAGAAGAAGUCCGUGAGCAUGUAAAACUACUGUUAAACGUAGCUCCUGCAGUCAGACCAGAUGCAGACCAAAUGACUAAGAUACCAUUCUUUGAUGAUGUUGGGGCGAUGACACUACAGUACUUCGAUUCGUUAUUCCAAAGGGAUAAUCUUCAAAAGUCACAGUUUUUUAAAGGGCUGCCAAAAGUUCUACCAAAAUUGCCUAAGCGUGUUAUAGUGCAGAGGAUUUUGCCUGCCUUGACAUCCGAAUUUGUGAACCCAGACAUGGUACCUUUUGUUCUGCCUAAUGUUCUGCUCAUUGCAGAGGAAUGUUCCAAAGAAGAGUAUAUAAAGUUAAUUCUACCUGAUCUCAACCCUGUCUUUAAACAGCAGGAACCAAUUCAGGCUAGCAACAUGAUUCUGUUGAUAUUUCUUCAAAAAAUGGACUUGCUGCUAACCAAAACACCUCCCGAAGAAAUAAAGAACAGUGUUCUACCAAUGGUUUAUCGAGCAUUAGAAGCACCUUCGAUUCAGAUUCAGGAACUCUGCUUAAACAUAAUUCCUACGUUUGCCAACCUUAUAGACUAUCCAUCAAUGAAAAAUUCACUGAUACCAAGAAUUAAAAAUGCCUGUUUACAAACAUCAUCUCUUGCUGUACGUGUAAAUUCCUUAGUCUGUUUGGGAAAGAUUUUGGAAUACUUGGAUAAGUGGUUCGUUCUUGAUGAUAUUCUGCCUUUUUUGCAACAAAUUCCUUCCAAGGAACCCGCAGUCCUUAUGGGAAUUCUAGGUAUCUACAAAUGUACGUUUAGUCAUAAGAAACUGGGAAUUACAAAAGAGCAACUUGCAGGAAAGGUUCUGCCCCAUCUGAUUCCUCUCAGCAUUGAGAACAAUCUUAAUCUAAAUCAGUUUAAUUCCUUCAUUUCAGUCAUAAAAGAGAUGUUAUGUAAAUUGGAAACUGAGCAUAAGACCAAACUUGAACAGAUCCAUAUUAUGCAAGAACAGCAAAAAUCUUUCGAUAUAACUAAUCCAAUGAGCCCACCUGAAGAAACAAAAGCCAGUAAUACAGGCAAUCAGAUUGACAAGGUGUUUAGCAGCCUAGGAACAGAUAUUUUAACUAGUGGAGCUGAUUGUAAAGAGAAUGGAAUGUUGACAAAUAAGAGAAAGGGAUCGCUUACACUUGAAGAGAAGCAAAAGUUAGCAAAAGAACAAGAACAAGCACAAAAAUUGAAAAACCAACAGCCCCUUAAACCUCAGCCUCACACAGUUACUGCCCCGGUCAAACAGACCAAGGACUUGACUGACACUUUGAGAGAAGGCAUGGCAUCAUUGACCAGCCAGUCCAUCAACAAACCUAAAGUUCCCUCUUCGAAUAGCUUUUCUUCAGUGGGUAUUGGAAUGGGGUUUUCAUCCCCUGUUGAGAGCGCUAAGAGAAAUGGACUAAAUGCUAAUAUGGGAUUUCAGCCACCUGGAUUUGGGAUGGGAAUUGGUACUACAAGCCAGAAUUACUUCAGUACUGCUGGUGUCACAGGAAUGGCCAACAUGAAUAUGAUGCCAGCAGCAAACAUGGCACCUUAUAGUCCUAUGAACACUACAGCUGCAGUUUCACAACCAGCACAACAAAGCAGACCACCAGAUAUGUCACCUUUAGAUAGCCUAUUUAGGGCUCAAAAACCUAAAGUUAGUAUGAAUCAGUUGUCGCAACAAAAAACAAACCCAUGGCUUAACCAGUUUGCACCUCCUCAGGGUACCAACAGUACUGCUUUAGGAACGCAGAUGAAUGCGAUGGGACAAUCUGGCUUUGGCUUGCAGGGAAAUCCUUUCUUUAGUCCUCAAAACUUCACACAACCAACAAACAGCAUGACAAGCAGCAGCUCAGCUAGUAAUGACUUAAAAGACCUCUUUGGGUAAUAGCGCUGAUUGUGAAUGAGUUAAUGUAUGGUAAAAACCUGAUUUGAAGAAACAUCAUCUAGCAAAAUGGAGAAGAGAAAAACUAUUUCCAGGAUGCGAUUUAGUAAUACACAUUCAUUUGCCUAUGCAUUUAAUUUUCUUAGGCACAAAGUGAUCUCUCUUGCCCCUAAUUUCAAAGUUUUGAGGUCAGGUUGUGUCAAUCCAGGUGCCCAGAGUUAGAAAAAAAUUAAAACUACAUACCUCACAACUUCAGAAAUGUGUCUUCUGACCACCAUGUAAUUUUACAAAUAAACAUCUUAACCAAUAAAAAA